AUGUUGGGAGCCCCCAGUGUCCGGGACCCUCAGUGUCGGGACCCCCAGUGUCAGGGACCCUCAGUCGGGAACACGCAGCGUUGGGGACCCUCAGAACCCCCAGUGUCGGGACCCCCAGUUUCAAGGACCCCCAGUGUCGGGACCCUCAGUGUCGGGAAUCCCAGUGUCGAGACCCCCAGUGUCAUGGACCUGCAGUGUCCGGGACCCUCAGUGUCGGGACCUCCAGUGUCGGGAAACCCCACUUUCGGGAACCCCACUGUCAGGGACUCUCAGUGUUGGGAUCCCCAGCAUCGGGACACCAGAGUCAGGGACCCUCAGUUGGGAACACCCAGCGUUGGGAACCCAUCAGAACCCCCAGUGCCGGGACCCCCAGCUUCAGGAACCCCAGUGUCCGCGACUCUCAUUGUCGGGACCCCCAGUGUCGGGAACCCCAGUGUCGGGACCCCCAGUGUCGGGAACCCCAGUGUCCGGGACCCUCAGUGUCGGGAACCCCAGUGUUCGGGACCCUCAAUGUCGGGACCCCCAGUGUUCGGGACCCUCAGUGUCGGGAACCCCCAGUGUCGGGACCCCCAGUGUUCGGGACCCCCAGUGUUCGGGAACAAGUGUCGGGAACCCCCAGUGUCGGGAACCCCCAGUGUCGGGAACCUCCAGUGUCGGGACCCCCCGGAGUCGCUGUAG